AUGUCUGUGGUGGAUAAGUUAUUGGAGAGGAUUCUGACGGACAUAGAACGUCGAACAGUUUCUGACCUGGACUCCAAAAACGGAAUUGGAAAUGAUGAAAUGGGAAAAGUGAUCCGGCGGCGGCACCAGUUAGCGCUGAUAGACUGUACUGAUGCACAUGGCAACACACCGCUGUCAGAGGCUUCCGGUGGGGGGCAUCCUGAGGCCAUUCAGUUCUUGAUUGAGAAAGGAGCUAACCUCAACUCAAAGGGUGCUUAUGGAAGAACCCCACUGUACAGAGCAGCCUUUGGUGGGCAUCUGGCAGCACUUGAAAUGCUGUUACAAUAUGGAGGGGACCCUCGUAUCUGCGCCGAUGAUGGCAUCAUACCUGAGGAAAUCGCAUCUACAGAUGCUGUCAUAAAGAUCCUUCAUGAGUGGGACAUCAAUACAACUGUGGCUCUUGUGGAGAAGAUGGCAUCAGAGAGGCAGCGAAUAUCAGCAGCUGAGAAGAAACUCAAACUGGAAGAAACAAACAGGAUUCAGAAUCAGGUUUCAGAAAUCACAAAGGAACUGGCCCAAUACCAACAUGAGCUACAAAAAGCCUACUGUGAACUUAACAAGCGCAUUACUGAACAUGACAAGUGUGUACGUAAAAACAUGAGUAAAACAGACAUCACACUACAGGCUAUUCAUGAUGCAGAGGAGCUGCUGGCGGAAAAGAGAGCGGCAGUCGCAAGGGCGGAAGAUAAACUCUCCUUUGCCAAGCUGGAACUGAGAGAGAAACUGCAGAGAGGCAAGUACCAGUUCUAA